AUGAAACCUACGGUGUAGAGCACUUCAAGCGCAGCUUUAUAGAACAAGUUAAAGUUCAUGGAGAAUGAUAAUGCCUAGCUCAAGCGACACAUUUUAGACUUAGAUCAAAGCUUAAAGAUUAACAAACAGAUCAUUGAUAGUCUACUCAUGGAUAAUAGUGAUAAAAAGUUACAGACUAUCAUUACACAGAUGCGAUAAGAUAAUGAAAACCUAUACUCCACAAUAAAGCAACAAUUCGAUGAGAUACAAGCCUAAAAUUCAAAGAUACUGAUACUUGAGUAGGUUAGUACCCAAUUUAAAAAGAAAGAGAUGGAAAACAAUCAGAUAUUUUUGGAUCAAAUUCUAAACAUGAAGCAAUAAAUUGAAAAGAAAUCAUUCGUGAUUGACAAUAAAGAGAAAGCUUUCAUGGACCUGUACAAAUUCGCUAAGCAAGCCAUCCCUGUAACUGAUAAAAAUUCAAUAGGAAGGAUAGAGCAAAUACUACAGAAUAAGCAGAUCUAGGACCAGAACCUUCUAAAUAUGAAUGUCCAAUAAAUACAUAGUAUAAUCAAAGAGAAGGAAAGACUUCAAGUAGAACUUGACAAGGCAUUAGUCGAUCUUGAUCAGCUAAAGACAUUAUUAGCUAAAUCAACUAUCCAAACAUUAAACACUUAAAUUUAUGAUGAAAAUGGAGACCAAAGCUUGGAGGUUGAGUACAUAGAUCAAGUAUAUCAUACCAUGGAAGGAGAUGGUGAUGAUCUUGGUUAAGGAGCAAUUAAUGCUAGUGCUCACUUCAAUCAAUAAAAUCUGAUAGAUUAAAAGCUUUCUAAAUCCUUUUAAAACAUUGUAGGCAAAAUGAGAAAGAAAAAGAAUAGUGUUCCAGGCCUAGAUUUCUCUAAUCUAAAAUAAAUCAAGGACUAUAAAGAUUGGUAUUCCUACUCAAAGAAGCUAGAAGAUGCAAUUAGACUUCUAAGAGAGAAGAUAAAUUAAUUGGAGGAGGAGAACAUCUAGAUCCAGGAGAAAUAUGUAAUGAUAAAGGGCAAAUGUGAAACUUUGUUGAGCUAGAAUAGCUAAUUGUAAGAGUAGUUAAAUACUUAAAGCAACAAUGAACGAAAGCAGUCAGCAGAGUAUUCUUUCUCAAAAGACUUGAUAUUUGACAAAAACGGUAAUAUUGAUGAGUAGACCGUCGAGUUGUAGCUUUAACAGAGUAAAAACUCUUAAAAUUGGCAGUUGUAGCAGCAUCAACUUAAAUUUAAUGCAAAUGCUUAAAUUAGAAAGGCAAAGCGAAAUAAAUCAUAAGCCACCUUCGCCAAGAAAAAUCUGACUCUAGCAAUUGAUAUCAUUGAGUAAGAUAACAUGUUGAAGCAGUAAAAAUAGUUAUUGGCAAAUCAAAAUCUUAAUGACAGUUUUUCAGGCAUUUAGAUUAAAUAGAAUAAAUCAGGCGAUAAUCAGGAAGAUUCUCCCAUUAGAGAAGGAGAUAUAGAGUUAUAUUGA